GGCGCUGUAGCAACACUCGCGCAUGUUUUCCGUGACUCGCGGAGCGACGAAGAAACGCUGUUUACGCAGAAGGUUUGUUGUAUUCGAUUGAUACUGUUGUCAUUUGGAGCUGAGGUGAAAGCAGAAAAAUGGGUGAGAGGAAAGGAGUGAACAAAUACUAUCCCCCGGAUUUCGAUCCAGCCAAGCAUGGCUCCAUUAAUGGCUAUUGGAAAACUCACCCACUACGGGAGAGGGCCAGGAAACUGUCUCAAGGCAUUCUCAUCAUACGUUUUGAGAUGCCUUAUAAUAUCUGGUGUGAUGGCUGUAAGAAUCAUAUAGGCAUGGGGGUCCGAUACAACGCAGAGAAGAAGAAAGUUGGCACUUAUUACACAACACCAAUAUACAGGUUCAGAAUGAAGUGCCAUCUGUGUGUCAACUACAUCGAGAUGCAGACAGAUCCAGCCACCUGUGAUUAUGUCAUCGUGAGCGGAGCCCAGAGAAAAGAGGAAAGAUGGGAUAUGGCUGAAAAUGAGCAGAUACUCACUACCGAGCACAGCGAGAAAGAGAAACUGGAAACGGAUGCCAUGUAUAAAUUAGAUCACGGAGGGAAAGACAAGGAAAAGUUGCGUGCCGCCAUACCGUCUCUCACUGACCUACAAGAGCACCAGGCCAGCUGGAAAGAUGACUUUCAGCUCAACAGCGCCCUCCGCAGGAAGUUCAGGAGUGAGAAGAAAUUGAUAGCAGAGGAAGAGGAGAAGGACAAUGCGGUGCGAUUGAGGACCGGUCUGUCCAUCCCUUUGGUACCAGAGAGGGAGGAGGAUAAGAAACUAGCGUCAUUGCUCACCUUGCAGGCCCCUGACUCGUAUGAAGACAAAAAGCAGACGAAAAGGCAACAGAUAUCAUUUCGCUCCUGGUUCGGUAGCCCGUCUUCAGCUGUAGGGGGAGCUGCUGGGAGUCUCCUGCAAAAGUUAGGACAGCAGGGACGGGGAGCGGCCGUCGCCAAAGCACUUUCCUCUACAAUACCCAGUUCACACGUCCUGGUACGCAGAAAGUCAGAUGGCGGCAACGGUGCUACAAACUCAGUGGUAUCCUCCACUGGCCAAAACCCAGAAUUGGACAGAGAAGAUACAAACCAAGACAAACCUCAACACAAGAAUGAUGCGAAUGAGAUCAAGGACAUAGACAAUAAUAGCUGCUCCGCAGAGACGCAAAAGAAAGACACGUCAGAUAAUGUUCGGAUUGCAGAGGUGCAUUGUGGGAUAGCAGUGGAAAACGGCACUGGAUCGAGUAUUGGAAAGUCUCUGGUUGUGGACUACAGUGACUCGGACUCUGAAUCUAACAGUGAACUCUCAUAGACUAAAAUUAAAUUCAACGAUGCUUUUGUCCUACAUGUCAUCAUCACCCUUUCUCAAAUGUUAUAUUUUGGCUGUAAUAACGCCCCAGGAUUGUAUUAAACAUUCUCCCAUAUAAAAAGC